CAUCGCAUGAUUUUCCCGGACGACUUGCCAAGUGGACUGCCACCCGAACAACCCCAGGACCACAAAAUCGAGCUGGAGCUGGGCGCGCAGCCUACUAUACGAACUCAAUGGCGCCUGACUCAGCCGGAGCUCUACGAAUUACGGAACCAACUUGACUACCUGCUGGCAAAAGGGUUUAUUCGGCCGAGCACAUCCCCGUUCGCAGCGCCGAUCCUGUUCACCCCAAAGAAGGGCGGCGGACUUCGCAUGUGUACGGACUAUUGUGCCCUUAAUCGGGUAACGAUAAAAUCACGCUACCCAAUCCCAUGCACGGACGAGUUGAUUGACAACCUUCGCGAAGCUCGCUACUUCUCGAAGAUCGACCUUCGUGGUGGUUACCAUCAAAUUCGGGUUUUCGUGGGCGACUGCCACAAGACCGUGUUUCGUACUCGCUACGGGACACACCAUGAACAGGGUGUUUCGCGAUCUACUCGACAAAUGUGUGAUAAUUUACCAGGACGACAUCCUGAUUUACAGCAAGACCCGGGAGCAACAUUUAAAAGACUUGGAAGCGGCUUUUUAGCGGCUGGAGAAGCAUCGUCUCAUCACCAAGGGCUCCAAGUGCGGGUUUUUAAAACAAUAAAUGGAGUUCCUGGGGCACGUGAUCUCCCCGGAGGGAAUUCAAAUGGACCCGAAAAAACUCUGGGCUAUUCAGGAGUGGAAACCGCCAACAAAUCUGCAGCAGCUGCAAUCAUUUCUGGGUGUCGCGGUGUCUAUUACUUACGAAGCGGAACCGAUCGAAUUUGGGUCCCAAGUUAUCGUCUACUUCGCGAAUUACUAAUUCAAGAAGUCCACGAUUCAAAUUUAUCGGGACAUUUCGGGGUUGAUAAAACUCUGAAGGAGUUGCAGCGGUUUUAUUACUGGCCAGAUAUGGUGCCGGACGUGCAGCGUUACGUGGCCGCGUGUCCGAUCUGCCAACGAAUGAAAUCAUUAUAUCAGCGACCAGCAGGGCUGUUGCAGCCCCUUGAGCCACCUCAACGCCCAUGGCAACACGUGAUGAUGGAUUUCGUCACAGGUCUACCAGCCGAAUCCAGAGAAAACGAUGCAGUAUUGGUUGUCGUCGACCAAUUGAAGAAAAUGGCGCAUUUCGCACCAUGUCGUACAACCCUCACAGCCGAAGAAACCGCUUGAUUGUUCAUCUCGACCGUUGU